AAGGAACUGCUGACAUGGACACAACAGAUUCUGCAGUCAGACAGUGACCUAUUCAAUCUCACAGAUACCUUUAGUUAUACAGUUCUUGUUACAAACACCAAGGGCUCUAGAUAUGAAGGAAUGGGCCACAUUCUUUCCUCUAAUCGCAUCUCUAACAAUCCAGAUGAUGCUGGGUCACUGCAAUGACUUAGAGGUUACAACAUUGUCACUUACCAGCACUGAUCAGUCCAAGCAAGACAUGCUAUUUUCUAACAUCAUUCCUGAUCACAAUAUUUUGGAAGGUAAUGAGAAUAAACAUAUUCCACAGAGUAACGUAGUGUACCAAAAUACUACAAUAAAUAACAGUAGUAAGCUGCAGAUCAAUAGAGAAGCACCUGUAAACAGGACAGACAUGAACCCAUCACACCAAUUUCUUGACUAUAACAUGGAAAGUGACUUCACCCACUGGAAGACAUCUUCUAGAGCUGAUCGGAACUCCAAGAGACUAAUUUUGGAUAACUAUUUAUCAGCUGAGCUCCAGACUGAUACCGUAAUUUCCAACGAUGUGUUACUGAAUCACAUGGCUGGUUCUCCAAAACAUAAUGUGAAGGGUGAACAUAUUUUCAAGUCAUUUAAUGAGGAACACAGAAACAUGACAAAAUGGUCAUCUAAUGAUGGUCAUGAUGACACAGAACAGAAAAAUAUUAGUUCUGCUAUGGAGGACUAUUCCAUUACAAAUGAUCCUCUAUCAGUUCAACAAAACAUAGUUCUUACUAAUUUCUAUGAAGAUAAACCAGAACACUACAAACAAAAUGAGUAUUUGGAAGAUUUUGUAAUUACUACAAUAAAAAACAAAAACAAAAGAAUGAAUGCUGAGAAAUAUGAUCAACAAAUCAUACUGAAUAAAGAUACAUCUGAAGAUAAUAUUCAACAUACUUCAUCUGGUGAAGACCCUGUGGAAGUAACGUUAUUCCCAACAUCUGACUGUGGAGACAUCUCAGAGGAACCAGAAACAACUGACACCAAAAAGUGUACCAAAAUUUCCAAAAUUAACCGAUUAAAACAAAUAACUACUAGCACUACAAAAAAAUUAUCGGCCAUGAACACCCAAGAACUGGACGAUGAAUCAUCUGUUGAAAAUGGGAAGAAUGAUAAACAUACUGAAAAGUAUGAAAAUUUACCUCAGAAAGAUGUGUAUGUUGAUACAGAUCAGAGCUCUGAUCCCAAUAUUGCUGAACGUCAUGCUCAACUUUUGCAUGACAUUUUUACUAACAGCAAAAGUGACAAAGGUAGACUUAAGCGCAGCUCACCAGUAUAUCCAAAAGUUCCUUCUAGUGACAGUAGUUCCAGCAGGCUCCCAAAUGAUAAUUCAUAUUUGGACAAAGGAAUAAAGAUGAGAAGUAACACACUGAUGAUGGAGAAUAUACAGUCUCAGACAGUGUCAGAAGGUACACUUAAACCUCCAGCCCUUCAACAACAGCCACGAGCUGGACAACCCCAAGCAGAUCCCGAAUUGGAUUUACUGAAGACCCAAUUUGCACGAGCAGAAAGACUGAGUAGAGCUUUCAAAUGGCUGAUUCAGUUUGUCAACAUUGCCGGACAAGUUGAUUCUUAUUUGACAGACAGAGCAAGAAGUGUAAUUCGUACAGUGGUACGACUCUAUGAGGGUGAUGAUGAUAGAGGACGUUAUAGAAGCUGUGACUGAGAAAUGCUCUAAAUCAUCAGUGGACCAGACAACAACAAAUGCAUGAACUUUAACCCUUUGCUGUGCCGUUUUCCUUCACUGUAUCGUGAUAUACCUAUACCAGGCAAAGAUGCCUAAAAGCAUCCAAGAAUCAACAGUUCUUAAAAUCUUUGAGCUGCACUGUUUCAGGCCUGAACAAGUUAAUCUAAUUAUGAAGUUGUCAUUAUAAUUUACUUUAAUUACAUUUCUUAUUAAAAUUCUUCAUGCUUAAUUAUAUUCAGUAUAUGUUAUCUCAUCACAACUUCAAAAAUAUCUGAGAAAGCCUAUGUGUUCACAGAAUAUAGGUAUAUAAUUAUGUAUUGCAGACAAUAAACAUGGAUUUUAAAGUAUGACAUAUAAAACUGCUUAAUUACUUACUUGCUCAUGUAUACAUCUUCCUCUGUUUCAUUUACAUACUGUUUUUAUAAAUGUGCCUCCUACCCAUCAGCUAGUGCUGAGGUCAAGAAAAUGUAGGUCUAUAUACCGAGUCCCCCAUAUGACUUCAUGGUGCAAUGCUUAAUUAAUUAAGCACAGGGACAACUUUUUUACCUUAGAAUGAAUACAUUUCUACCAUUUUAUGUAUGUAUAUGAGGUACAGCAGAGCACUUUCCAAUGUAAGGGUCUGUGGGCAAAUAUUCCUCAUUCUAUUAUUAUACUCUCUGGAUAUCUGAACCCUCACACUGUCAAUGGUUCCUUCUCACUGAUUUUUUCAGACCCUCUAGUUUAUUUCUUUAUAGUAGAGCCUAUGUUUCAUCAUCACAUAU